UUAUUUUAAUAAAAAUAAAAAUUUUGGAGGAAUAUUCAAAAGAAAUAAUUAAAAAAAUAAAAAUAACGAAUAAAGGGAAAAGAGGAAAGAAGGAGGAUAUGGUGGAAUCGGAUAGAUCAAAUGUUUGUAUGUUCCACUUGAGAAGGGUUCAAUUCCAGACAUAUGUAAAAGAGAAGGGAUGUCAAAUUAAUGAUGCCAUUGAACCAAGUCUUGAACCGGCAAUUUUGGGACGGUCUACAAUGAUUUUACUGGACAAACAAACAAAAAUAGGACGAAAUCCAGAGUUGGUGGAUGUUGUACUUCAUUCAGUUGUUCACAGUAAUAUGAUUUCUCGAGACCAUUCUGAAAUUAUCGGUGUGACAGAUGAUAAAGGGAAAUAUGUUCGUUAUCUCAUUACAGACCGUUCACUAAAUGGCACUUAUGUUAACGAUACUAGAGUGAAUAUACAGCAACAACUUAAAGAAGGGGAUUUAAUUAAAUUUGGACAUGUGAAUGGGGCCGCUAUUAAAGCUGGUGAGUACGCUCCCCAACAAUCUGCGGAGUUUAUUUUUCGUUUUGAAAGGGCACUCUCGAAUUACAACUAUUUUGGCUACUCGAAAAAGCGUGUGCGUGUACAGAGUGACCAAAAGAGAGCGUAUAUGCAGAUCAACUCAGACCUUGUUGUUCCAACAGAGGUCUAUUCCUGUGUUGCUGUACCCAAAGCUUUACCUCCUUCAUCUGGCACUGUCUCCGGUCCUUCAGCAUCUUCUAUGAAUGCAACUGUGCCUGCUUCAACCGUUCCUGUCGCUCCUGACAGUACAACGAAUAAUUCAGGCGCUCCAGUUGUUGUUGUUCCUCCGACUGUGCUCUCCACUCCCUCAUCCAUUUCUGCCACCAUUCCUGUCACUUGCAAUAUUAGUCAUAACGGCAUUAAUGGUUUUACUGGCACAAAUUCCCUGCCAAACUCAGCCCAAAUACAAAACAACGCCUCCACACAACAAAACCAUCAACAGCAAAAAUUGGCACAUUUGGCUGCCUUUGCUGCAGCAACAACGGCAGUGACUAAUGCACAGCAACAGCACUCUUCCUCUACUGCCAAUUCCCUUGGAGGAACGACAUCAACACUUAAUAAUUCCCAGCAACGUAAUCAACAAAUAACGACGAAUAACAACCACCACCACCACCAACAGCAGCAGGCAUUAAAUGCUUUGAAUCAACUAGGCCUGGGAACUGUUACAGCUGCUACUAAUGAAGAGCAGAUAAAUGCCCAACUGCGUUCUUUAAUGGCCUCUCAUGAUGCAAUGUCAGCAAUGGAAAGGCUAACUGCUCAACAACAAUUUCAAAAAUCUUUGCUUAAUUUGAACUCUUUACAACAGCAGAACCCUCUUAUGUAUGGACAUGCUCUUCAAUCAGCCGCUGCUGCUGUAGCCGCUUCUUUCUUAUCUGCUGGAUUUGGGGGAGGAAUUGAUAUCAAUGCCGCAGCAGCUGCUAAUCCAACAGCAGUGCAGCAAUACGCUGCAGCCGCCUCACUUUGGCCAAAUAUCCGCGCCGCCUCCCUACAGCCUACGGCUCAAGACUGGACACAACAACAACAACAAAAAGCAGCAUCAAUCGCUCAUCAAUUACAACUUCGUUUACCUGUGUCGCUUUAUCAGCCACAAGCACAGCAAACUCAACAAAAUCAGCUUGCUGCUGCUACAGUUGGACAGGCGAGAGCUGCUUCAGCAUCUUCUGUUACCGUUGCAUCCUCAUUAUUCGGGGCACCUUAUGCUUUCUCUUUACCUUCACAACAACCAACAGCAGCAUCUGUCCCCCCUCAUAGUACAACAACAAAUAAUUUAGCAGCAACUUCUGCUGCAGCGGCUGCCGGUCUUUUAGUUACAGCACAACCCAGUCAAAAUCAAUUUUCAAAUAUUUCAAAUGCUUCGGCAGCCUAUUCCUCGUGUACAUCUUCAAAUACUGCAAACCACCCUUCAAUGUUAGGGUUUAGGCCAAGUGCUGGAGUAACACCUCUUUCACGUGGGGCUUCCUCUUCAUCAUUAACACCACCUACGACUAGCUCAACACAAUUAAAUAUUGAACAAGUUGCUGCUAAAGUUGCAACUUCCAAUGGAUGGCCAAAUAUUGGAGAGGGUUUUCCAGCAUCAAGUAAAGUAUCGCCUAUAUUAGCGGUUGCUGCUGCUGCGGCAGCAAGAGGGAAUGGGGCUACCUCAACACCUAAUGACUUACAGAGGAUACCAGAAAUAGCCUCUGCAUUAGCCGCCGCAAUUUCCGCAGCCCAACAACAACAACAACAUCAGGCAAACAAUAACGAUUCUACUACUUCUAUAAAUAUUCCAAUUUCUGUUGCUACUUCCUCAUCAAGGGGAACUCCUUCCUCUAUUUCAGUAACCCCUUCCUUGCAACAUUCCUUAGCCCAACGGUUUUCUACCCCAAUUAGCUCCUCUAAUAAUUUAAAUAAUUCAACAACACCUUCAAUAAAUGGUGGUGCUAGUAAUUUUUCUUCUUCCUCUGGCUUCUCCUCAGCGGCAUCUUCAUCUUUGCUUCAAUCUCCUAGCGCGAUUCCAGCUACAAGACAUCAAUACGAACCGAUGGCUAGUACUUCUAAGGAUUCUCUGAGUUCUCCACUUUCUUCAUUAAACAGUUCCGGUGCUUCUAGUGCCUUCUCCACACCAGCACAACAACAUCAAAAUAAUAACAUAACCAAUUUAAGUACAUUAACUACUGCAUUGUUUGCAGCAGAUAAGGUAGUUGGUGGGAACAAAUCAACAAAAGAUUUACAAUUACCACAAAAUUUGUUGAAUAGGAGAUUAAGUGGAAGCAGAUCAUGUGAAAGCACUAAUGUUGUUGAAGAGAAAAAUCAACAAAUCCCUUCAACAGAUAACGAGCCACAAAAUUCACUCAUAUCCCUCUCAGAUAAUUCAACAACAAAAGCAACAGUACCAUCAUCACAACCAUCAUCACCCCAACAAAAACUUAAUAAUAAUAAUACAACAAUAGAUGAAUCUAAAAUGACAAGGCUUAUGGAAUGUGAUAGUUCUGUCCCAUCCCCUCCCUCCAAAAGGGAAGAUGACGAUGAGAAGGAAGAAGAUUUGGAUAAAAAAGAAAGGAGAGGGGGAGAUAUUAAAAAGACAGAUGACGAAAAUGAACGAAUGGACACGGAAGGUGAAAUUUUCCGAAAACGGCACUCUACUUCUACCAGUCUAAAAUCUGAUGGAUCUUCAAAACCCCCAGCAAAACAUGCUAGAAAAAGUAAUGAAGUUGCAAGGCUACUUAACGAUUUGACUGCUGGAAAUUUUUACGAAGGUUGUCAAAGUCGCCGAAAAACUUUGGAAUAUAGAAAAAUAGAGAAUUUAAAAAUUAGGAAAAAUAAUAAUAAUGAAAAUAAAGGUUGGAAUGAUGAAAAAAUGUGGUUAAGAAUGCCUAAAAUAGUUAAAAAUGAAUUUUGUUGUCUACCCAGGGAAAAUACUUUUAAAAUUUAUAAAGAAAUUGAUGAAAUAAUUGAUGAGGAUGAUGAGGAUUCCUAUUAUUCAUCAUCUUCAUCUGAUUCUCAAACGAGUGGAUUAAUUGAUUUUGAAAGAGAUUGUGAUGAAAAGGGUAAAGGAAAGAUUCGUAAUGGUUAG